UAUAAACUGACGCCGUCCUACGCUGGGAACACCAACGAUUUGCAGAUAUCUCCAGAAGAGAAAGCAGGUUUGAAGGGAGGUGGGAGAGAUUCAGAAAAUGGCGGUGAAGGUGCAUGGCUCGAUCAGAGCGGCUUGCCCGCAGAGGGUGAUCGUAUGCCUCUUGGAGAAGGAGGUGGACUUCGAAAUUGAGCACGUGGAUCUCGACGCCGGGGAGCAAAAGAAGCCCGAGUUCCUCCAGCGGCAGCCGUUUGGUCAAGUUCCGGCGGUGGAGGACGGCGAUUUCAGGCUUUUCGAGUCGAGGGCGAUAAUAAGGUACUAUGCAACCAAGUACGCCAACCGGGGGACCGACCUGCUGGGCGCGACCCUGGAGGAGCAGGCCGUGGUGGACCAGUGGCUCGAGGUGGAGGCACACAACUUCAAUGAGCCCGCCUUCAACCUCGUGUUCCAUCUGGUGAUAUCGCCGCGCCUGGGCCUGCGAAGCGACAUGGCGUUGGUCCACAGCAGCGAGCAGAAGCUGGAGAAGGUGAUGGACGUGUACGAGCAGAGGCUGUCCAAGAGCAGGUACUUGGCCGGGGAUUUCUUCUCACUAGCUGACCUCAGCCACUUGCCGGCGCUCCGGUGCCUCAUAGAGGACGCCGGGCUCGGCCACCUGGUCAAAGAGAGGAAGUACGUGAACGCAUGGUGGGAGGACAUAUCGAGCCGGCCCUCGUGGAAGAAGCUGUUGACCCUUCUUUGAUUGUUCAGGGAAAAGCUCUCGUGUGGACUUCACUUUACAACUUUCCGUGUGUUUGGUUUGAUAUGAAUUUCUAUCAUAAAGAAAUAAGCUUUUCGAGAAAUCCUUGUUUUGGGAAAAUGUAUUCCGGGAAUUCAUUUUUCCAACAUCAUGCAUACAUAUUCUCUUCGACCGUA